AUGGAGUCGACAAGUAACCUUGAAGAUGUUUCAAUAGCGUCCCGACUACUCCUAAUAUGUUGGCCUCUGUACGGGAUAUCUGGAAUAUUAAUAAUGCUGAGAUUAAUCGCUAAAGCCAAAUACCAUCUCACAUUUGCUCUGGAGGAUCUUUUAGUUAUACUUGCUAUGAUUUCUGGCAUUUGUCAUAUAUCACUUAAUACGUGGGGUAUAAGUUUUGGAUUAGGAAGACAUAUUAUGUUUCUUACCGAGACCCAAGCCGCGAUGGCUAUAAGAGCUGAAUUUAUCGGAGAGCCUUUCGGUAUCAUAUCACCAACACUCGGCAGAAUAUCCUUUGCAGUUUACCUCAUACGAAUACUUGGACACCAGCAGAAUAUAAGACGAUUCCUCUACUUUCUCAUUGCUCAAAACGCCAUUAUAAAUCUAAUGGCACUCAUACAAAUAUUCUUCGAGUGUUCCAAUAUUUCUUACAACUGGGAUCGUGUUGGACAUGAAGACCAAUGUUGGUCCAUGGGAACACAAGCAGCUAUUGGCUAUUUUCAAGGAUCGUCCAGUUCCUUAACAGAUCUCGCUCUUACAAUUCUACCCGUUGCGAUGAUCAUCAAUCUUCAUAUCCCAUUGCAUUUGAAGUUUCUCUUAUCAUUUCUAUUGGGAGUCAGCCUUUUUGCUUUUAUCGCGGCCGUCAUUAGGACCUACUGCACAAUGGGCAGUAGCGAUGAUAUUACCUUUACUUCAGUUACCUAUAUCGUAUGGUGCGCAGUAGAAAACUGCACUGUCAUUAUAACAUCCUCAAUACCAUUUCUCCGACCCCUCUUCCGGACAGCUCCCAAACCAUACAUCGAAGUAAAAAAUAGUCCGACCCCAAAAAUUAUGAACCACAAUGAAAUCGAGUACAGAAGUUCGAGAGAAAUACUCGCUGAUCCUGAAGCCACCCGAGAGAAAAUAGAUUACAUGGGAGAUAAAAAGGAUGAUGUCAAGAUCGAGGCCCAUUCGCUCGUGUAG